AUGGCCAAACUGCACACUAGCCGUGCUCUUAGCGUCCCCCCAAAACAGCACAAACCAGACGAGCCAUACGAAACUGUGCCAGUUGUCGCUCACCGGGGCAAAAAGGGCCAGCUCCAAACGCUGGGAAGCCACCACGAGAAAUCUCAGACGCCACAGAUGCAGGCCGGGAGACUCGUCAAAGCAUCCAAAAACAGGGGUGAUAACAGUUUACUACACUUCCUCCCUUUGUGA